AUGGCUUCCCCAGACCCCUCGUUCAAGGCGAUCAAGUACCUUCCGACCAAGGAGGCUUACGAUCGCUGGGCAGCCGUGUACGAUACGGAUGGGAAUUUCCUGCAAGCAAUGGACGACAUCGAAAUGCAGGCUCUCUUGCCUCGAUUCGAAUCAGCUCUUCAAAUGUCAAAGCCUUGGAAACUGGUUGAUCUGGGCUGUGGCACCGGGCGUAACACCGCGCUCCUUCUCGGAGUGAACGGUGCCCAAGUCAUUGCGCUGGAUGCCAGCGAGGGCAUGCUUGCUGUCGCGAAGAAGCGGCUACACGAGUUGCAGAGCGAGCUCAUGGCAGCCGGCGCCCUUGGAGAAGCGGGGCACAAGGCACAUCUCCAACUGGCUGUGUUUGACCUCCUGGCCUCAGACGAGCCACCAGCAAGCGCAACGAACGCGGAUGGAGUAAUCAGCACGCUCGUACUCGAGCACAUCCCGCUAGAGACGUUCUUCAGACAGGCAUCCCGUCUCUUGAAGCCGGGUGGCGUAUUGCUGCUGACCAACAUGCACGCCCACAUGGGCGGCAUCAGCCAGGCGGGGUUUGUGGAUAUGGAGUCAGGGGAGAAGAUACGACCAACAAGCUACGCCCACACGGUGACGGACACGAUAGAGGAGGCGAGAAAAUGGGGUCUGGUUGUUGACGGUGAACAAGGUAUUUUAGAGCGUCAAGUGACCGAGGACCUGGUUGAGACCUUGGGGCCGAGAAGCCGUAAAUGGGUCGGUGUUACAUGUUGGUUUGGAGGACUAUUCAGGAAAUCAUGGUAG